UUUACUGAUUACACACAGGUUAUUUCCUGACAAAGGAAUAUAUGUUUAUCAGAAUAAAAUUAGUUUCAUGAGCGGAAGUUUCGCUUCAUGUAUAACAGAAUAUAUCAAACAGAUUGAUAAACUUAUUCUUUAUUAUAUACCAUCAAUUUUCCGGUGACACACUGCUUAAUUUCUACAGAAGAGGAGCUUUGUUUGUUUAAAAUGAAAAGAUUAUAACUGAGGUAACAAUGCCAGUAAUGUUUGUUUCUGUAUUGCAAAAAUCUGUUUUAGGUACAAGAGCUUCUGUCGGAAACAGAAAAGUUUCACAUGUUCUUUGAGGGUAAACAAGAUAAAUAUGUCCAGUACCUAAUGCUAUUGGUUGAUGCUGGACGUUUAGUUUUUAUUGCAUAUUUACAAAAAUUACUUGCUAAACAAGAAGAAUCACUUGCAAAAUUAUUAUUGGACAAAAGAGAAUUGCUGCAAGAAAACCUCACCAGUCAGGAGAUGAAAACACUGUGUCUCGAUGAAAACCCAAAUACAGACAUGGAGUCAUGGGACAUGUCUGUUCUAGGAAGCGUUAUUUUGACCGUCUUUGGUUCUUCCAUUAAACGAAAGAAAAGAGAUGCAAUUAAAUGUAUUAAGAAAGUAUGGAAGAACUAUGCAAGCACAGCAACUGAAGUAGUGGAUAGAGAAAGGUUUCUUCAUUGCGAAGAAGAUCUAGUAAGCGCUUUACGAUCACUGUCAGGCAGCGAUGAAUAUGAGAAAAUUGAAGAGCUGAUUGAAAGAUAUAGAUCUCCUAUGGAAGAUGAUGGUAAUAAUGUUUCAUACUUUGAAAAGCUUGAAAGGCAUGGUGUAAAAAUGGCACGAAUCGAAGACGAAUACAAAGGUAACUCAUAA